UUCCAAAAACACAUUGUCAUACAUUGACAGACAAUCAUAGCAAGUUCCUCAAAUAAGCUGUUGAACUGCAGAGGAAACACCUUGUUCUUCAGGAAGAAGUGGAAAACUCUUUAAAAAGACUAACAUGUUGUCCAUCCCUGAUCUGAUCAAGAAGAAGAGAGAUGGAAUGAAACUGAGUGAUGAAGAGAUCAAAACUUUCAUCCAGGCUGUUACUGAUAAAACCAUACAGGAAUGUCAGACAGGGGCCAUGUUGAUGGCUAUCUGGCAGAAGGGCAUGGUUGCCAAGGAGACCGUGACACUAACCAAAGAGAUGAUGACAUCAGGGGAAGUGAUGUCAUGGCCAGAUGAGUGGGCGGGGCUUGUGGUUGAUAAACACUCAACAGGAGGAGUGGGAGAUAAAGUUAGUCUGGUGUUAGCGCCAGCACUGGCAGCAUGUGACUGUAAGGUGCCCAUGAUAAGUGGGCGGGGCCUGGCUCACACAGGAGGAACUCUGGAUAAACUGGAAUCGAUUCCAGGUUUCAACAUCCACCAACCAAUUGGACAGGUUCAGGAGAUUCUGGCAUCUGUGGGCUGUUGCAUUGUGGGUCAGACAGAGAUGCUGGUUCCUGCAGACCGAGUCCUUUAUGCCCUGCGAGAUGCCACCAGCACCGUGGACAGUUUACCACUCAUUACUGGUUCUAUCAUCUCAAAGAAGGGGGCGGAGUCUUUAUCUGCUCUGGUGUUGGAUGUAAAGUUUGGACGAGCUGCUCUGUACAAAGACCUGAACAGUGCCAAGGAACUCGCACAAUCAUUGGUCGAAGUAGGGAACGGUCUGGGCAUUCGCACAGCAGCAGUACUCAGCAGCAUGGACACGACGAUCGGUCGAUGUGUGGGCAACAGCGUGGAGGUGAUUGAAUCUCUGGAGACGUUGAAGGGAAACGGCCCCGACGACCUGAUGGAGCUGGUGACAACCCUUGGUGGCGAGUUGCUCAGGAUGACUGGUUUGGUGUCUGAACUACCAGAGGGAAAAAAGAGGAUUUCUGAUGCUGUCGUUAGUGGAGCCGCUCUCUCAAAGUUCCAGGCCAUGAUGGAGGCACAGGGCGUGGCCAGAGAGACGGCCCAGCAGCUCUGCUCCACCCACACAAACUACUACAGCAUCCUGAGAAAAUCUAAGCAUCAGAUGGAACUGAAGACACAAGACAGUGGUGUUGUCAUGGAUGUGGACGGUUUGUGUCUAGCUCAAAUCCUUCAUAAACUGGGGGCGGGUCGAUCCCAGGCCGGAGCCCCUAUCAAUCACAGCGUGGGGGCGGAGCUGCUAGUGUCCCUGGGUCAGAGGGUGAACAAAGGUGUCUCCUGGUUGCAGCUCCACUAUGAGAGUCCUGUUCCGACUCCAGACCAGAUCAACCGACUGCAGAACUGUUUGAUUUUAGGAUCAGACGCAAACACACAAACAUGUCAACAAAGUUUAGUGAAAGAAAUUAUCACACAUUAGCCCACAUAGCUUCCUUUAUUUAAAAACAUUCGAUUGCUUAUCAAUAGAAUUAUUGACUAACAUGAACUUUCAUGUUUUAUUUUU